ACUAUUCAGAGGCAAAUGUCUGAUCAAUUCAGAUAACAGCUCUUAACCAUUCAGACUCUGUAUAAUACUUAACCAUUCAGAGGCAAAUCUCUUAACCAUUCAGACAUCUGAACCAUUAAGAGGCUGAAACAAACAGUCUGAACCAUUAAGUGCUGAAUCAUUCAGACAUCUGAACCAUUAAGAGGCUGAAACAAACAGCCCCUAAAACUUAAACUCUAACAAUAGUGUUCAUAUUUUAUGUUUUAAGGAAGAUUGGGAUCUUUCUUUCUUCUCCGCUGAACCCAGAUUUUUUUCCGCAGAGAAAUGAGCAAAUACUCAAAAAAGAUUUCAUCUUUCAUUAAUUGCUAAAAGUUAAUGUCAAUCUAGUAAUUCAAGAAGAUCAUCGGAUCACUCACCAUUCUUGCGAUUUAGCUCACCUUUUUUUAGAAGUUUUCGGUUUUAAUGAAGUGGUAGUUUUCCCAGCUCUGGACAUUAAGGCCCUCUCAUUUUCCAUUUGUGUUUCCUCUUCUAAUGGAUAAAAUGUCCGAGGGACUAGAGUUUUAUGAUGAUGCAAGAGACAGAAGAUCAGAUGUUGAUAAUUCAGAAGAUGAGAGGCGACGUUCUGGGAUUGGAGCUUUGAAGAAGAAGGCAAUAAAUGCUUCCAGCAAGUUCACUCGUUCUCUCAAGAAGAGAGGGAAACGCAAAAUAGAUUACAGGGUUCCUUCACUUUCUAUAGAGGAUGUUCGCGAUAUAAAAGAAGAGAGUGCUGUCUAUGAACUGCGCCAAAAUCUUUUUGAGCGCAAUUUACUGCCAGCCAAACAUGAUGACUACCACACACUAUUGAGAUUCUUGAAAGCCAGAGAUUUUAGCAUUGACAAAACCAUUCACAUGUGGGAAGAAAUGCUUAAAUGGAGGAAGGAGUAUGGAACCGACACGAUAUUGGAGGACUUUGACUUCAAUGAGCGGCAAGAAGUGUUGCAAUACUACCCUCAAGGGUAUCAUGGUGUGGAUAGGGAGGGAAGACCUGUAUAUAUUGAAAGACUUGGACAAGCUCACCCAAGCAAACUAAUGCGGAUAACAACAAUAGAACGUUACUUGAAAUAUCAUGUCCAAGAGUUUGAGAGAACAAUACUUGAAAAGUUCCCAGCAUGUUCUGUUUCAGCAAUGAGAAGGAUCUGCUCAACAACUUCUAUAUUGGACGUGCAAGGCCUGGGGAUGAAGAACUUCACGGCGACAGCUGCCAGUCUUUUGGCAGCUGUGACGAAAAUUGACAACAAUUAUUAUCCCGAGACCCUGCACCAAAUGUUUGUUGUUAACGCUGGAACUGGCUUCAAAAAGAUGCUUUGGCCUGCUGCACAGAAGUUUCUAGAUGCAAAGACCAUUGGUAAAAUCCAGCUUUUGGAACCGAAGUCUUUGGGCAAACUGCUUGAAGUAAUUGACCCAAGUCAAUUGCCGGACUUCUUGGGCGGGUCUUGUACUUGUCACACUGAGGGUGGCUGUCUAAAGUCUAACAAGGGUCCUUGGAGUGAUCCCGAUAUAAUGAAGCUCGUGAAUAAUGCGGAAGCAACAUUGGUGAGACAGAUUACUAGGGUAUGCAGCAACCAACAGAAAAUUGAUUCCUAUGUACAUGUCUGCCCACUUAAGGGAAGGAUGGAUGAUAAUAUAUCAAGAAACGAAUCCAUAUCUGAGAUUAUUGACAAUCCACGUUCUCUGGGUGAACAAAGUAGCAGCACGCAUGCAAGGUUCGCCCCUCUUCUUGAAGAAGCAAGGCCAUCAAAUUCGAGUCUUUAUUAUAGUUACGAUGAACCGAGUCAAAGUGAUAGAGAAGUUGGCAGUGGACAAGGACUCCAUUUUCCCGAAGCUAACUCAUCUCAAAGGAAUGAUUUGGAUUCUUUCGCCAAUGGAGCACCAAAUUCUCAAGGAGCCGUUUUGAUUCACGGGUCGGAUUCCAUCCAAGAAAAGCUUGUGAGCAGAUGUCUCGGGUACCUGACACGACCGGCGAUAUCUUUUGUGCUCAAACUGUUUUCGGUCAUCCAAACUCUUCCUUUUGAGGCCUGGAAGAGACAGCACAUGGACAUUUACCCUUCCGGUUCAUUGGAAGAAAAGCAUGAUAGCAGGAGCAGCAGUAAUAGUAGCAGUAGUAGUAACACAGCUGCUAAUGGAGAAGAAGAAGAAGAUGAUCAUCUCCAUCCGUGCAUUCAACGCCUUGAAAGGCUGGAACAGUUAAUCGAAGAGCUACACAAGAAGCCUGCUGAGAUGCCAUUGGAGAAAGAGCACAUGCUCAAGCAAUCCUUGGACAGGAUCAAGUCUGUGGAAUUUGAUCUUGAGAAAACUAAGAGGGUGCUGCACACAACAUCAAUGAAGCAGGUCGAAAUCACAGAGCUGCUGGAGAAGAUGCGAGAAUCCAGAAUUCAACGGAAGAGGUUCUUUUGUUGAUUUUUAACCGGAGUUUGACAAGGGUUGGUUAAAGAUGUUGUCCAGAAGAGUUUUCACUGCGGGUAAAGGAAUAAUUUUUUACUGCUAACCAUAGAAGAGUAAGAAGAAGGCUGUUUCACCUGUUUGGCUCUCAUAUCAUAUGCACAUUUUUACUUUAGUUCACAAAUGUAGCCCCCCCCCCCCUCCCCCCACAUAAACAUUUUUUCUUCUCUUUCCAAAUGUAGCCAGAAUGAGUUCAGGGUUAAUGUAAAAGACAGCCAAAGUAUAUUUGUUUCUAACUAUGCUUGGCACAUAUCUGUUGAUAAUGAACUGAGUUCCCAAUG